AAGGAAUUUCGCAUUUUCACGUCGAUUUGCCUCCAGCGCGUGUGUGUUGCAGGCUCUGAUGGGAAUAACCGUGUAGAGGGUGUGUGGUCUAGAUCAAUAACUGUCGGACUGUAGCCUACUGUAAAAAAUCUAAACACAUUCGGGGCAGCGGAGAGGGAUCUAUGCUGGACUGAUUUUAAACUGUGUGGGGAUGAAAUACGACAUUUGAUGCUCACUGCUCAGCUCAGACGCACUGGAGAGCUGCAGGAGGAAAUUACUUGGCAACAUAUUAGUCGGUCAUGGAUAGAUAAUCUGAAAGACUGAAUUCUGGAAUGAAUGUUAGCGUUUUGUUUUAGUCAAGACGUCGAUGUAGUUACAGUGGAUUUUCUCUUAUGAUUUUUUAAGGAAUAACAAAGAUUCAUUUACCCGGAGACUAUUUGUCCAAGUGAUAGCCUAUGUCUCUAAGGGACAUGUAAUGAAGGACUUCUUCACAUUUACGAAAUUAUCUCUAUGAGGGAAAAGACAGCUGUCUUGCAUUUGUGAGGUUCUCCAAUUUUCAGGAUCGGGGCUCCCUUACAUAACUGGCCUUUGUGUGUGUGAGACUGAUGAAAACGGUCUGUUGAACUGCGCUGCCGCUUCACCACAGACAUAAAGACGUUCAAGGGACGAGACCUGCCAAGAUCUGGAGCAGUGAUUCUAGAAGAUUCUGUUGGAUUCUCCUCAGUAUGAUCACUGAGGAUCUGGACUACCACUAGCUCUGAUCAGACAGGAUGAAUGACAGACAGAGACAGGGAGGAGGGGUGCACACAGUGGAGGCAGACGUCAUUUUCCACCAUCCCGUCUGCUCUGACCUCCUCUCCUCCCCCUCUGAUGAGGAUGGGGGUGUCUGUCCCCUCCCACUGAAGCAGGAGGGGAACACCAAUGCUCCAGACCUGGGAUUCAUACUGGACGACCAAGGAUUCUGUCGACAGAGCACACCAGUUACAAAGGAGUACUUGUUGGAUGGUGGUACGGUGAUUGGGAAUCAUCACUUUGACCAUCCACAGGGUGAUGGAUCAUACAUCUCAAAUACAGAUCAGUUUCACAUUACUGAUCUUUCUCAUCAAGCAAAUACAUCUCACAUACCCAAGCUUGAUGCUGGUAGAGACCAGAACUGUACUCAUGGCAGAAACGGUAUCAGUGAGGAUAUGAAUGGGGCGAGGGCCAAAGUGCCCUGCAGUGUGGGUCCCUCUCUAUGCUUCAAGGGAGUGGUCAGAGAGGAAGUGGAAGGGUCCCUGUCCCUCUACAGAGAGAGCAUAGUGAGGAGUCAGUGUCACAUCACAAACGUCACCGCCUCCCCGGAGCAGGGGACCGCCGCGCCUGACACUCAUUGUAUCACCGCGGACAACCAGCCAACCAUACAAGAGCUGGAGCGCUUGUUCAGCCACAGCUCUGCCACAGAAUAUGACACAUUGUAUGGACAGUCAGGGCUUGAGUCGAGCCAAGGAUGCAGGGACAGUAGUGGCCAUGGUGGGGUCAGUAACACAACGCCUAAAGAGGAGCCGGAUUUAGUGAUCGAAGUCGGUGGCCAGAAAAUCAGUGUUCACAAGUCUGUUCUGGCAGAGAAGAGUGACUAUUUCAAGGCUCGUCAGUCGAGAGACAUCCUGAAAGUGAAAGGGCUGAAGUACAAGACCCUGACCAUCCUGAUAGACUAUAUCUACACCUCUCAGAUGAAUGUACACAAGGACAAUGUGGUAGAGGUGAUCACAGGAGCUAAGAUCUUACAGAUCCCAUGUGCCGUCCAGGCUGCUAUGGAUACCAUCUCAGAGCAGGUCACAGCAGAGAACUGCUACGAGAUUCUAACUAUCGCCAAGAAGCAACGACUUAACGAACUGAAGGAGACGGCCUAUCGCUUCAUGAGUGACAAUUUCCUCCAGAUCCUGCGGGACCAAGCGGUGUACGGACAUCUGACGGGGUCGGAGAGGGAUCUGGUCCUGAAGAAGAGAAUGGAGGGAAAGAGGUCCCUGAUGGUCGCUGAGAUCAACGAUGUGUUCGACCACGUCGGGAGCCGACCUCAGAGUCGCUGUAACAGUCGACCGCAGAGCCCUCUGUCCUUGGCUUCCUUCGAGGAGAACCACAUGAUUUACUACUUCAACGAGGCAGCCAAUGACUGGAGACCUCUGACUCUGAUGCCGGAGGACAUUAACACUAAGGGCUGUGGGAUCUGCACCAUGUACAACUACCUGUUUGUGGCCGGUGGGAUAAAGGGAUUUGGGGACAAGGGCAAGGUCUCAGACAAGGUAUUUUGUUAUAACCCCAUCACUAACCGCUGGAGCGAGGUUCGGCCGCUCAACCAGGCACGGUCGCAGCUCAAGCUAGUGUCUAUGGAAGGUAACCUGUACGCCAUAGGAGGGGAGUGUUUGUUCACAGUGGAGAAGUACGAUCCUCGGACAGACAGAUGGACCACGGUGGCUCCCUUACCCAAAGGGGCGUUUGCAGUGGCCCAUGAAGCCACCUCAUGUAAUGGAGAGCUCUAUGUUUCUGGAGGGUCUCUGUUCUACCGUCUCCUAAAAUACGACCCUAAGAGGGACGAGUGGCAGGAGUGCCCCUACAACAACAGCAGGAAGAAGUCAACCGACAUGGUGGCCCUGAAAAGCUUCAUCUACAGGUUUGACGUCAACCGUGACCAGGGGGUCAAUGUGUUCAGGUACAACACUAUAGUGAAAAUGUGGCACGACUGUGUGUCGCAGCGACAGGGCACCCCUUUGCCGUUCAGGUGUGCCGUCAUUGGAAACUGCAUCUAUUGUGUGAACAAGACUCAGAUUCUGCAGUUUAUAGUGGAGGAGGACGGGUCUUACUUUGUAGAGGAACCUCUGAGGCCACCACUGGAAGCUAAGGGCAUACUGUUCCCUUUCAUCCUCAGUCUGCCUGAAAAGACUCCUGUGAUGUGACCAUGUACCAAUUAUGCUACAUUACAGAAGCCCAUCAACAGAAUAUAGUGGACCUUAAAAUAUAAUGAAAAUGUUUCAAAGUCAGCUUUAUUUUCCCCUGUCCAGUUUACCUGCUCGUAAUGGAAUGUGUUUUUUUUGCAUGGCCAGUUACAGUAUCUACAGGACAAGCCUUAACGAGGAUGACUUUUACAUGUUGAAUGAGUGCAACCAGAAAUGGAUCUGACUGUACAUAAUGAGAUAAUGACACGUACAUAUGUUUUUUUGUGUAUUUCCCUGUGUUCAGUUUGUAUUGUGCAUUUUUGUUAUUGCAGAUAUUUAGAAUACAUAUUGUUUAUAAUUCUGUUGGCUGGCUGGUCGCUUUUAGACAAACAUCUCACAUCAGAGUUGGAAUUGUCUGAGUGAAGGGACAGAUAAAGUAUGUUCUGACUGACACAUAGCUGGCACACACAGGUCUUAUCUAAAUGAAACAAGCAAACACAUAAGCAGCUUCAUCUCUUACAGUACAAGGCCUGCUACAGUGGUGAUGUCUGCUCUGUAACAUUGCUCUAUGAAGAAACAGUGGGAGGGGAAAUAACAUUCACACGGCACCAAGGCCCGAUAUCAGAACUGCCUUUGACAUGACUUCACAAGGCCAUUGAACAGAAGGAGGAAAUAAGCCACAUACUGUAUAUCUUCUACAAUAAUGCUAUUCUACCAUUACAGAUAGUAAUAAUAAUAAUAAUAAUAUAUAGUCAAGGAAUUAUGUUGAAGAGCACAAUGCACUUAUUAGUGAAUUAGGUUCAAAACCAGUACCUACCUAUUAAUUCAGAACCAGACCCACCUAUUCAUUCAGAACCAAUAACCAGCCUUCCAGGUUUCGUCAAAGACAACACUCUACAUACAGUUGAGUUGAGUUUCAACACACUACAAACAUUGUUUUGUGGUGUACAUGAAUCCGAAGGUGAAUUAUUGCAGCACAAGAAGAGUGGUGUUUUUGACUGACCCUGGGGAUCGGGUUAAGUUACUGAGUUUGAUUGAAACGGGUCUUAGGUGUGCACAGAUGUUUACAGGAUUGAGUCAGCAUAGAUAUGAGGGACAAUUCUUACUGCUCACUGUUCACUCUUAGGGGCCUGGUCCUUGACUAUCACAUUUGCCAAAGACAAAAUAGUCUGGUAUAGUCUGAUAUAGUCUGAUAAUAACACAUCAAACCCUUUCAGACAUUGGUUGAAAAUAUUCCAAAUCAAAAACAUGAAUGUGGCCUCUCUACAUUCACACGCAACACUAAGCAAUAGUAUUAGCAACAAUGUAUCAACGUUGCUGUGAAACAAGGGCACCACACUUGCUGCUACACUAUUCUUUAACAUUCUUCAGAGAAGUGAGGAGUCAUUGCUCCUAUGCAGGACUGAAGAAUUUGCCCUUGUCCUGCCGAUAAUGAAAACGCUAUUACGUUGUCAUCUCCCACAAGUAUUUGAUGAGCCAGCCAGAAAGACUGUGACUAGCAUACAUAGGAUGCGCUUUCGGAUACUGUUGAACUGCCUCACAAGUACUUGACUAUUUCAGUAUAAUUUAUGAUGAUGAAGCCGUUUGCCCAUAUAAGAUGAUGUAUCCUACUUUGCUGUGUAGCCAUGGCCUGUCAGUUUUAUUCCAUCCAUUUAUUAUGCAUAAUCAUCUAAUUUAGUAGGAAGCACACUUUUCAUCAACUUCAGCUCAAUGUUAAUCUGUUCUGCUAAGGUAUGCCAAAUCCCUAGUGCACUUUAAUACAAUAUUGGAGCUGGUCAAAUAGCACUCCAUCUCAUUGCUCUUUCUUGGAAAUUAGACAUAUUUGUUUGCUUUUUGCAAUAAUACAUCAAUGGGAGUUUUGUUAAUCUGUGGGAUUUGAUUCAGAGGAAUUUAUUUGGUGAAGGAAAUGCUACCAUCACAUUUUAACAGUAUCUCUGAGAGGCAGUAUCUCCAAGAGGCAGUUGUAACUUUUGUGACAGAGUGGAUGUGGUUGGACUUAAUAGUUUGUUAUUUUACUGGCUGGUGUCAGUGUGUAGUGAAGCUCUUAUGGCCUGUUGGCUUUGGACUUAAUAUUGCAAUGAUGAAUGACUUGAAAGUACAGUGUUGGUUGAAGGCUUUCUUACUGUUAAUUAUUAUAAGUAACAGCUAACAAACUAACUGUUUCAUGAUGUAUUUCAGUCAAAACUAAGUGCUGAAAAUAAAAUAUUUUGUGUUUG